UUUUGAGCAUGCGCACAACGCUGCAGUUAAAAAUGACGUCUUUUCCUGUCCACCUGUAGCGGCGCUGCAGCGGUAAGACCGUUAACAGAAUGAAACCAGGAGAUGUAGCCGAUUCAUUCAGCGCUGUGCGCCACAGCAGAGGGACAAAAACACAGAAAAACGUUAAAAAACAACUCCACACCUCUGGCUGAGGUGGAGCGAGCAGGUUCGGACCAAACCGGGCCGGGUCGGGCCGACCCGAGGCUGAGGAACAUCAACGCCCCAACAGGUGAGACCGCAGGCAGGAGGAGGAAGCCAGACUGUCCCGUUUCAGAGCAGAACCUCUGAGGCCCGGUGAGGGGUAACUGGACCUGAAGGUUCUGGACAUUAUGGAGUCUUUGUUUGGGUUCUUUAAAGUGAGAAAUAAAGUUAUUUUGGGUCCUGGGAAGGUUCUUCUCUGGUCCGGGUGUGGGUGACGGUCCUGCUGAGGCCCAGAACCUCAGAGACGGUUCUGGAUCUGGUUCUGACUGACGAAGGUCAGAGACUUUGACUCACGUUAGUUCUGAAGUUUCAGAGAUUAGGCCGGGAUUAUCUGAGAUCCGUCAGGAUGAUUCAUUCUGUCAGACGGGUUCUGUGAGGAUGAUGAGGAUGAGGAUGAUGAUGAUCAUCAUCAUCAUCAUCACCUUCUUCAUCAUCGUCUCUCUGGUUCUUUGUGCCGAAUCGUUCUGGUCUGCUGCUGCUCUUCAUCACAUCCGCAGAGACUCAUUAACCAUCUUCAUCAUCGAGAAACAUUCUCAGUUUGGCGCCGAUCCAAACGGAUCAGAACCGAUCCAAACUGAUUCAGACUCUCACCUGACAGUCCGUAACGAGCUGAGUCAGAUUACCGGAACCAGAACCGUGAACCCGGCUUGUACAUCAGGCUGAAGGAAGCCGGAGUACCAGGAGAGAACCCACCGAUCCCCAGGCAGAACCUGCAGAACCAGGCCGGGAUUCAAACCCAAAACAUUCCAGCAGAGCCGCCUGAGCUGCUAACAAACGGUCCAAACGGGCCGCGUUAGGACAACAGGCAGAUAAAAUCUGAGCUUCUUAAAGAGACAGGUCAGAUUUUUGGAGCUGGGAUUCUGUGGAGAAGCUGUGAGUCGUCAGUGUCUUCCAUGAAUUGGAUCAGAGCCUGAAUGGAUUCUGGUUCUGAUGACAGACUGACACCAAACCAGUUCAGUCACAAAAGUAUUUACACCCUGUGAAGUAAGCCGGCUUCCUUCCCAGACAGGAAGUGGUUACAGUUAAACAUCCUGUCGCACGGACUCAGGUUCUGGAAGAAUGUGGUUCAGAACCGAUCCGAUCUCUGGUAAUACAAUCUGGUUCUGAGGUCAGAGGUCAGCUGCAAACACUCCAGAUUCCUGCAGUCAGUGAUGCAGAGAGGUGAGAUCUCACCUGGGCUGCUUGGUCGGUUUGAGGAUCGGGUCAUGUGACCCGGUUCAGGUGAGUCACCUGAGCAGGAAGAGCAGCCGCCACUUCUCCGCCUGCCUUCAGCGUCUCAUCAUGUCUCGGCCCGGCUGGCAUCAUGGCUGCUGCUCUCCCCUUUACAGCGCCGCUUCCUGUUGCUUCCCCCGGGUCCGGUUCGGCGCCUGGCGCUGCGUUUCCGUGGCGAUGUUCCGGCGCAGGAAGAAGAAGCAUCGGCUGGAGAUCUCGGCGCCGCGGGACUUCCAGCACCGCGUCCACACGUCGUUCGACGUCUCGACGGGACGCUAUGUGGGUCUGCCAGCGCAGUGGCAGAGCGUCAUCGACACGCUGAAGAGGCCACGCCCCCUGGUGGACCCAUCCAGGAUCACCAACAUUGAUCUGGAACCCAGAAAGCAGACGAUCGUUCGCGGCAGCUUCAUUGGUCAUGGCGACUACAUCAGUCAUGUGAUCUCCGAGAUGAGCCGCGUUUCCGUCACCAGCUCCAACUCGCUGCGCCGCACCAGUCCGUCGGCACGGAAACGCGCCCAGUCAAUGGGGCGGCUGGGAGACGUGGCGGAGGACGAGUCGUACCACUACCUGGAGAUCAGCCGGCGGAGCAGCAGCGUGAAGGCCAGCGGGAGCGCCACCUACUGGCAGGACCGCAUCCGGCAGGUGCGCAGCGAGAGCGGCAGCCCCAGGGCAAACAGGAACCUGCAGAGAACCACAUCCAGCAGCCAGGUGAGCCCUGUACCUGAGGCCGCUCCGCUCUGCCCCACGUCGCCUCAGAGGACGACCUACACGCCUGAACCCAGCGUCCGCAACGGCGGCGUCGGGCUAAAGCAGAGGCCGACCUCCUACCACCAGGCGGCAGAGACCGGCAGGCCUCAGCUGAGACCCAGAGCCGGAGCCAAUCACCUGCCGGACCUGCUGUCGUCUUCCACAGAAACCCCCAGGAGGCCGCAUUCGACCUACGACCUUAAGUUGCCAUCUUCCCGCCCUCGGCUGCCUCCGCCCAACAGCACCAGCAGUCCCAUCAUCACCAGCCGAGUGCUGCCCCAACCUUCACCCCGCCCCUCCACAGGGGUCACAGUUUCUACCAAACGCACCUCCUCGCCGCCCCAGACGAGCACCACACAGCCUAGCCGCCCCGCUUCCUCCACCCCUCCUGCCGCCCCGGACAGAGCGCCCCAGAAGGUGACCCACGAGACGUUCAAGGCGGCGCUGGAAAUGGUGGUGGACCCGGGCGAUCCCAGGGUGACUCUGGAGAACUUCGUGAAGAUCGGGGAGGGCUCCACCGGCGUUGUAUGCAUCGCCCGGGAACGGCACAGCGGGCGCCAGGUGGCGGUGAAGAUGAUGGACGUGAGGAAGCAGCAGCGCAGGGAGCUUCUCUUCAACGAGGUGGUCAUCAUGAGGGACUACCAACACCCCAACGUGGUGCAGAUGUUCCGCAGCGCGCUGGUGGAGGACGAGCUGUGGGUCAUCAUGGAGUACCUGCAGGGCGGCGCUCUCACACACAUCAUCGGUGAAACCAGGCUGAACGAGGAGCAGAUAGCGACGGUGUGUGAGGGCGUCCUGCAGGCGCUGUCCUACCUCCACUCUCAGGGCGUCAUCCACCGAGACAUCAAAAGCGACUCCAUCCUGCUCACGCUGGACGGCAGGAUAAAAUUGUCCGACUUUGGUUUCUGCGCUCAGAUCAACACUGACGUCCCAAAGAGGAAAUCUCUGGUUGGGACUCCGUACUGGAUGGCUCCGGAGGUAAUCUCCAAAACGCCGUAUGGCACAGAGGUGGACAUUUGGUCUCUGGGCAUCAUGGUGGUGGAGAUGGUGGACGGUGAGCCUCCGUACUUCAACGAAACGCCAAUCAGUGCCAUGAAGAAACUGAGAGACGAAGCGGCACCGAGUGUCAAGAACAUGCAGAGGGUUUCUCCGGUGCUGAAGGACUUCCUGGGCUGCAUGCUGACACGUGACACGCUGCAGCGCAGCGGCGCUGCCGCCUUGCUGCAGCAUCCCUUCAUGCUGCAGGCCGCCGCGCCGCGCUGCCUGGUGCCGCUGGUGGAGCAGCACCGCAAACGCAUGUCGCUCUGCUGAGACUCACCUGGAUCCGACCGGACCUGAGACUCACCUGCAGCCACAGACUGGAGGAUCCUCAGGUGGAUCACACCUGAUGCUUCAGGAUUUACAUAAUACACCUGAGAUCACACUAAAGACUAACCUCAGGAUUCACCUGGCGCUUCAAAAGGACCACAUGUUUUCUUUCUACUUUUUUAUUUUAUUUUUAUAGAGACGUUAAGGAACCUUUUCAGUGUUUCAGGCAGGAAAUGGAAGGGAUGCGAUGUGUAGCGAAGGUCCAGAGGUCAGAGGUCAAACUCCAGAUUACUGCUUCCAGGAUAAAUAUCCUCUGAACUCGAAGUGGCGGCUGCUGCAGCUGAUUUUAGUUUUAUAAACUUCAGCCUGAACUUGAGCUUUUAAAACAUUUCAUGUUCCUUCUAAUUUUAGCUAUAAUUCUUAAAUUUACAUGUUCAGUUAAAAUAAAAACAAUUCCAAACAAAUUAGAAUAAAAUAAAUCAGGUUUUUAUUCUGAUUUCAGAUCAAAUCGCAUUUCAUGUUGAUCUAAUUAACAAACAUCUCAGAAAUUAAACAAGUUCUCCUAUUAUCAGAAAUAUUUCAGUUUUUUGUUAAUUAUGUUGAUUUAUUGUUAACAUUUGCACUUGUUCGCAUUUUGAUGUUUGUGAGCUUUUUAUACAUACGGGAAAUGUUGAAUAAAUAUCAGUGUUCUUCUGUCAGAUUGU